AUGUCCUCUUUGCGUCUCAAACGGUUUCGUGUCGAGCUGGCAACCCUAUCAGGCGUCAUCUUGGACAAAAUUUUCAAUCCUCAGCAAUUGGAACCUAUCGUGGAGUUAGAUCCUGACGAGAACUCGUCAUCCUCGCGCCCGCGUCGGGUACCACGGGUUUUGCUCUCCCCUGGCACUGCCGAGGAGACUACUUUCCCCCUCCCUCGGGCUUUACCCUGGCGCAUGCUUGCGGAUGAAGCCCCCCAAGAAGCUGACAGCCACCUACCUCCUUCCAGGUGCUCCCCUGAAAAACGACCUCGAAAUUGUCUUUCAAAUUCUACCGCCGAUGCUACUGAUUCCCCCAAGGAGUACGAUAUCCUUGUCCUGGGACCACACCAUGUAACCAAUUUGCAGCUCGAUGUCUUACAAAGUGGACUCGGCGAACUGGCUGACAGUAUCGUGAACGGAUUCUCUUACGUCCUCUCCAGGUCAAACACUUUCCCAUGUCUUUCCGAGGGUUCUGUCGAAUUGCCCAGUUCCCUCUCCCUGGCCUGCAUCCUCUCGGCAGCGCGGUCUCCCCACGGCCAGGAUCCUGAUUCGUUGACAGUCAGCGUGCACAGAUUCUAUUCCCUGUGGCGGCGGUGGUCUGAACGACGUCUCGUUCUCUGCCCCUACUUGCAGGCGGUAUCUUCCGGAGAGGAGAACUCGAACCACUGGAUCCUUCUGGUAGGUCUCCUUACGGCACACCUAUCCCUCCACGUCUAUCCUCUGAAGCGUACGGUGAACCUCGUCGGUUACGACGGUCGAACUGUUGUGUAUGCCUGGUGCACUUUUGUCACUGAUCCUGCGUCACGUAGACAGUCUCAUUCCCAUCCGCUUGCCUCGGCUCUUUCAGUCCGCUCGCGAGAGCUGUGGGUCCUCGAUUCCCUCGGCCCGGACCCCUCGUCAGUUAAACGGCUUCUUAAACUUCUCAGGUGA